AUGUCUGCACCUUUACCUACCGCUGAGAGAAGACGGCUCGAGGAAAAGCUUCGAGACUUGGAGGGACCGCCGACUGACGAAAUUCCUCACGGAGUCGCUAAUCUCUUGGCUCAACUCGCAAAGAACGUCCUACGCAGCUCCUGGAAAUUAUUCAAGGAUUUCCUAGCUAGUGUUCAGAAGCUUGCAAGGAGACUUCGGGGCGGGCAGGAUGAGCCCAUCGAUUAUAAAGAAGAGCUGGCAAAAUACUGCGCUUCGCUGAAAGAGAGCCAUAACAAAUGCGUGGACGAGACAGAAGAGAAGAUUUCGUUGAAGAUGGAAACCAUGUCACAAGAGGAGCAGAGGGAAUCAUUGAGUAUAUGGAAAAGGAUAACCGUAGGAUUGGGAAAUAUCUGGGGAGGGCUAAGAGACUCGGUUUCGGAGGCGCUAGGUUCAUUUAUUGGAGCUGUGGAUAAAGCCCGCAAGUGCAUCUCCCGACUCUUCGAAACAAUCGGCAGCGCAUUUAUCAAGACUUGGGAGUACCUGUCCAUGCAUUGUAGAUGA